AAAAUUAUUAAACGAGAAAGAGCGUUCAACUUGGCUUAUAUUGAAUCAAAGAUAAAAAAGAAAGAUGAACUUGCUAAAUUGCCUCAAAAAAAUCAAACAUUAGGGAAUGAUAAUAUAUGUCAAUCAAAAUGCAAAGAGAAAUUUCGAACUGGAUUUGAUAUGAUUAAGGUACAUCUAGCUUUCGGCACCAUUGGAGUUCCAUCCGUGAUUGACGAAAUAGAUUUAAUGCUAUUUUGUCGAUUAGAUAUGCAACACGAUAAUUGCUUAAAGGAUUGUGGUUUUUCAAUAAAAUUCAAUAUAAGAGAUUUCAUAUGUUAUGCACAUCGCUGUCGACUGCUGCUUUGUGAUUUGCAAUGCACUAAAAGCGCAAUAUUCCAAGCGAAUGAUGCACAGUCCUCGAGGCGUGCAAUGGAGUUUCUCAUAAGCUAUAGCAGAAAACAGGUGGAAAUUAUUUUUUUCAGAAAAACUAAAGAAUCGUGCAGAGAAAACCUAGAUCUCUAUUUGCAACAACUAUGA